AUGCCCUUCCCAAUCAAGGCGCGCGACAAUGUCCUGUCGAGAGCUGAGAUUGAAGGCAUGAUUGCCGAGAAGAAGCUCAUUAUCAUUGUCGAUAACAAGGUUCUCAAACUCGAUGCCUGGAUCAAAUUCCAUCCUGGAGGCAGAUUGGCCAUUGAGCACAUGGUCGGAAAAGAUGCCACGGACGAAGUGAAUGCUCUGCAUUCCCAGGAAGCACGUCAACGCAUGAGCAAAUUCCAGAUCGGUCGUAUCGAAGGAAGAUGGACCAACUUCCUCCCUCCUAUUCAAGGUGGCACUUUCCGACCCUACUCCGAAGCCCAAGCAAAGGAAGACGAGCAAGCUUUGUCCGAUUCCGAAGGACCGAGCGAAGAAGCCUCAGCUCCGCCAUCCCCCCUAUUCGAAGCCGACGAAGACGCAUUUGGCUUGCGACGCCGGCUCUCCAUAUCGACCAUUUCCUCAGCAGUCAGCGCCAUUCCUCAGCCCACAACUGAAACCACUGAAUCCACUGAACCCAAGCCACGAACAUGUGUGAUUGACGCCCGAACCCAAGAGGAGAUCCAGUUGGAUUUAUCCAAAUAUCCUCCUCUUGAUGCUGCACACCAAGAGAAUAUCAUCCAGAAAUAUCGCAAGCUUAACGAGCGUAUUCGCGCGGCUGGACUCUACAACUGCAAUUACUCUGCCUACGCCAUUGAAAUAUGUCGAUACUCUCUCUUCUUUGGUCUUUUCAUUUUCUUUUUGAAGACCCACUGGUUUUGCCUGUCGGGCUUCUUCCUCGGAUGCUUCUGGCACCAACUGGUCUUCACUGCCCACGAUGCUGGUCACAUGGGCAUCACCCACGACUUCCAGACUGAUACCGUGAUUGGAAUGAUUAUUGCGGACUACCUGGGCGGACUGAGCCUGGGCUGGUGGAAGCGAAGCCACAACGUUCACCAUAUCGUUACCAAUGCUCCGGAGCACGAUCCCGACAUCGAAUUGAUGCCCUUUUUCGCCGUGUCGCAGCGCUUCUUUAGCAGCCUGCGGAGUACAUACUACGACCGGAUCAUGGAAUUCGAUGCGGUGGCCAAAGUGACAGUCAAGUAUCAACACUACUUGUACUACCCGAUUCUCCUCUUCGGUCGCUUCAACCUCUACUACCUGAGCUGGGAGUACAUCUACCUCGGUCUCGGCCCCCGACACGGCGCCGGCUGGUGGCACCGUUGGUUCGAGGCAGCUGGUCAAAUCUUCUUCUGGACGUGGUUCGGCUAUGGGGUCAUCUAUCUGAGUAUUCCGGGACUGUGGAACCGGAUCGCCUUCAUCCUCAUCUCUCACAUGGUCACUGCACCUCUCCAUGUGCAAAUUACUCUCUCUCACUACGCCAUGUCCACCGCGGAUCUCGGACCUCAUGAGUCUUUCCCUCAAAAGAUGCUGCGAACGACCAUGGAUGUGGACUGCCCCCAAUGGUUGGACUGGUUCCACGGCGGACUCCAAUUCCAGGCAAUUCAUCACCUGUAUCCCCGCAUUCCUCGCCACAACCUGCGCAAGACGCAGGAAUUUGUGAAGGAGUUUUGCGAGGAUGUGGAGAUUCCGUACGCUGUGUUUACUUUCUUCGAUGGUAACAAGGAGGUCAUCGGUCGACUUGCGGAUGUCGCUAAGCAGGCGGCCAUUUUGGAGGAGUGCCGCAAGGCAGCCGCCGUCCAGGGUGUCUUCUCCGAUCACCACCAUUCACACUGA